AUGGAUACAGCAAGUUUAGAGCCGCUGCUGGAGCAGCUGGAUGACCAUGUUGACGACUUGGAGGAAAUUUUGCAACCAAUCCUGGGCCAAUCCUUGUCCAAGACCUCCAAAAAUUUGCCUGUGAUGGACAAGGCUAAACUUCACGUCAUGGUCACCUAUACCCUGGAGUCUCUAAUUUUCUCCUAUUUGCGUAUGCACGGUGUCAACGCCAUUCAACAUCCUGUUUUCCGGGAACUCACCCGAGUGAAACAAUACUUCGAGAAGAUCAAGGCCCUGGAAACCGAACCCGAGCAACGAAAAAUGACACUCGAUAAGGGAGCAGCAAACCGAUUUGUCAAACACGGGCUUGCGGGCAAUGAGAAAUAUGACCUGGAGAGGGCGGAAAGAGAGGCAAAAGAGAGGGCACGCGCUUCUUUGAAGGCUGCUAUGAUUGCCAAGAAGAUGGCUGCAGAGGCUCAAAGCUCCCCAGCCCAAAACGAGGGUGUCUCUAGCGCUGCACCAUCCACUGCACAGUCAACCGCUGAUUCCGACCUCGAUUCUGAUGAAGAGACGAAUACCGACGCUCAACCAAGUGGAUCCGACAAAGAGAAGAAAAUUCAAAAGAAGAAGGAGCAGAAGAUCAAUGCUAAAAGCAAGAAGUCACGAAAGCUCAACAAAGCCGAGCGCAACGACGAGAAUCAGGCACGACGAGAGAAGAAGAAGGCGACCCGCAAGAAGGCCAAGAACUCAGCUUGA